AUGGCCCGCCUUUCCGCAGUGGCGUUCAUCAACGAUCCCAUCGAGGCUUACCUUUAUCCUGGCCGUCGAAACUACCCUGAGGCGUUUGUGAACGCUCAGGAAGCCCUGCUAAGGCAGAGCUUUGAUAGGCCGUGCGGAUCAGCCGUCGUUGUUGUCCUGGAAUCUGGGGAUGAAGGUUGGAAGGACGGCCACGACAUUGUCGGCUUCUGUGUCUUCACGCGUGAAACAAGAGGGAAAAGAAGAAAAGGACCUCGAAAGGGUAUGUCUCUCGCCUCAACUUGCCAAUACGAUCUCAAGUUGAUAUUUCAAGCCAAAGACCUUUCAGCAGAUAUAAAGAAAGCCGUCGGUGGAUCCGACCCUGUAGUUUCUCUUAUGGAAAGCAACCACCCUAUGGUAGAUGUUGCUAAUUCGACGGCCUUUCUUGAGGCUGAUGGGAAAGACGACUCACGCGUAUGGACUGAAGAAGGCUUUAAAAAGCCGAAGGAGCGGUACGAACUCUGCGACCUUGGCGUUAGCCCACACUUCCGAAGGAUGGGAAUCGGCAAGAUGAUGGUGAAGUGGGUCAUGGACAAGGCGCUUGAAGAAGGCGUGCCAGUUCACAGCACAGCAAGUCCUGCUGGAAAAUCGCUGUACCAGAGCAUGGACUUUCGCACAGUCGGCAAGUGGAAAUGGUGCCCGGAACCGAACAGCGAGUGGGACGUCAUGCACUGGAAUCCCACACCUCAGGAACAGGAAUCGCGCAACAAUGAUGGGAGAGGCAGUGGUCGUUAG